AUGGUCAGUAGGACAGAGGGUACCAUUGAUGAUUCACUCAUUGGUGGAAAUGCCUCUGCUGAAGGUCCUGAGGGUGAAGGAACAGAUGCCACUGUAAUCACUGGAGUUGACAUAGUUAUAAACCAUCAUCUGCAAGAAACUAGCUUCACAAAAGAAUCCUACAAAAAGUACAUCAAAGACUACAUGAAAUCAAUCAAAGGCAGACUUGAAGAACAGAAGCCAGAUAGAGUAAAACCUUUUAUGACGGGAGCUACAGAACAAAUCAAACAUAUCCUUGCUAAUUUUAAUAACUAUCAGUUCUUCAUAGGUGAAAACAUGAAUCCAGAUGGCAUGGUGGCUCUCUUGGAUUUCCGUGAGGAUGGUGUGACCCCAUAUAUGAUUUUCUUUAAGGAUGGUUUAGAAAUGGAGAAAUGUUAACAAAUUCAGCUGAUUACUUUGGAUCACCUGUCAUCAUAACUGGCUGCUGCUUUUUGUCAUCUACACAACACCAGGACUUGGACAAAUUUGGACUGAUAUCAUCUUGAGCUUUAUUCAUUUAUUUUUGACCUGAUUUAUUUGGAGUGGAGGCAUUGUUUUUAAAAACAUGUCAUGUAGGUUGUCUAAAAUAAAACGCAUUUAAACCCAAAAAAAAAA